GGUGUUUCAAAAAUUUCUGAAUACUUGCAUACAAUAGCCGAUUGCACAACACGUUGGAAUUCUUCUUAUCUUAAAGAUCUUAAAUAUUUAAAAAAAAUAUUGCUUCUUGAUGAUGAGUGGGAUGCAAUAAAUGAUUUAGUAGAGAUUCUCCAACCAUUCACUGAAGCCAAUAAUUACUUAGGUGGAACAGACAUUAAUGACGAUGACGAUGAUAAUAACUUUCAAGACUUAUUCGAUAAUGAUACAAGUGACGAAGAAGAAGAGGAUGAACAGAAUUAUACGCCAAUUAGUAUAAAUAUUGAUGAGAUCAAAAAUAAUUUGCAUAAUACAAUAAACCACUAUUGGCCCAAUUUAACAUUACCAAGUUCACUUUUACCUAGUCUUCUAGAUCCCAG